GGAUGUGAAAGCUACGCUAGUCCUGCAAAUACGAAAGCAUCUAGAUUCACCUAAAGAUACCAGUGGUCAUUGAGACAAUGUCUGACAGUGAUGGUCCUCCACCGGAGCCUGCUGGACUGGACGGUCUGCCGCCACUGUUACUUAUUUGCAAGGGAGAGGUGGUCUCUGUGCAGACCUAUGGAGCUUUUGUGCGCCUUCCAGGAUACAAAAAGGAAGGCCUGGUACAUGUGAGUGAGAUGUCAGCCUCACGGGUUGAGAAUGCCUCAGAGAUUGUCGAUGUCGGGGAACAGGUGUGGAUUAAAGUCAUUGGGAGAGAGAUUCAAGGAGAAAAGAUAAAGUUGUCCUUCUCAAUGAAAGCUGUCAAUCAGGGAACAGGGCGGGACUUGGACCCCAACAACGUUAUGGCAGAGCAGGAUGCAAGGCGACGAAGGAAUUUUAGAGACCACACAGGCAACAGGAUCACACUGGAUGCUGUACUCAACACAACAUGCUCAAAGUGCGGCUGCAGGGGUCACUUUACAAAGGAUUGUUUCUCUGCUCCGGGCUUGCAGUACGCUCUUCUGCCAGAAGAGGACAAUGAAGAGCCACGUCAACAGCAGACACCGUCAGUCGCACCACAGCUAGACUCAGAGAAAAAGAAAAAGAAAAAGAAGGAGAAGAAAAUGAAGAAGAAGAGGAAGAGGGAGAAAAAGGAUUCGGCGAGCGACACCAACAGCAGCAGUGACGAGUGCAAAUCCAAGAAGAGACGCCGCGACCACACUCAUGACAGCGAGGACAAAAAGAAGAAGAAACACAAGAAACACAAAUCUCACAGACACAGCUGAUAGCCACACAAACCAACCCCACUUCUGUAGUUACACACACACAGUGCAGCUAUCAGACACACACAACAGGAAGUGGUUGGCAACAGAUGGACUUCCAGUUGUACAUCUUUUAAUACAUGCUCCAUCAAUCAUCCCAUUAUAGAAACUUUAUCCAUUUAAGUAUAAUUAGAAAUACAUCAAGUCCACAACUUUUAACAAAGGGAAAAUAGUCCAAAAGUGAUGUAAAAUAAAUCAGGAGACACUUGCCCUGAAAUAACAUUUAGCUCUCUCACAGAAGAAGGAGUUUACACAUGAUCAUACGUAACCAGAGAGGUGUAAGCUAUAUGGCUGCAAGCAGCUAUCCCUCCUGAGACCCAGAUAUUGUUUACAGCUAUCCAGUUUCUUACGAUCUGGGGAAUCAGUUAAACAGACGUGAGGACAGUAAAGCUGGCUCUGGGGGACUCAGACAUGAAAUCCUUGAAAUAUUGAAUGAAGAAAAAUACACACACACACACACACACACACACACACACACAUAGGAAAUAGUAAAGACACAAACAGGAAGUGUAAUGCCGCACACAUAAGCGUGACGGGAAGCUCAAGCUAUGGUGAUAUCCUGAAGUUCUCUGCCGCUUAUUGUGCUUUUCAGUGUACAUACAUGUGUGUGUUUGUGUAUCUUGCCUCCGGGGUCUGCUCACAGCACACACACACACACACACACACACCUCUUCCUGCAUGUCAACUGUUAAUUUCAUUAAAGCAUGUUUAUAUUUGUAAAGGUUAAAAAAAAAAAAAACGCCUCUUGAUGUCUUUGUUCCUGGACCUUGAACUCUUUCUGUAACAGUCAGCCCCUGGGGGAUCAUGAAACACACACACACACACAUACUCACGUACAUCAAAAAUUCUCAGGUGGGGGGUCUGCUCCACCACGGGGUCAUAUUAAGUUAAUGUUUUCAAAUGAGGAAAGUGUCUCGUGGCAGGGUUAUGUCCCACAAGGUCGAAGUUGACACAAAAACAGACAGAAAAGCAUGUUUUUUUUCUUUUUAAGAGAU